AUGGCUAAGUGGCUGCUUAGCAAGACACAGAGAACACGGAAAACAAAGCUAUUAGAGCUACUGGCAAAGGAUCAUUUCGCAUUCAUUUCUACUGCUAUAAAAACAAAAGUGCCAUUUACAUCCGAACGAAACCGCUCGUUCAGAUUUAGUGACGUACACUCUUACAACUACAAUUUGCUGAAGGAUGCGUAUGCAAUAGAUGGCGAGCUGAAUGCCUCACUCAUAGAAAACCCAGAUGGAAAUGAUUUUAUUGCCAUGGAGUAUCCUACAUCUGCAACCAUUUCUACUGCUAGUGAUCUUCUGGUGAAGUCAAAGUGUGGCUUGGUUAUCUCACUUAUUGGUGACCAUCCACCAUGGGAGAGUGACUUUCUGUCUCUCUCUCACAAGCGCAAGAGCGUCUUUACACCAGAAGAAUUCAUGGAGUAUGCACACGAAAAAGGUGCAAACACUAGCAGUAUUUCUGCAGAGUACGAAGACAUCUACAGAAUAAUUAAGGAGGAGAGUAGUAGCUUUAUAAUAGAAAGACAUGAAGCACUGAAGGAUCCUUCUGAGGAACUAUUUAGAAUAAAGUGUAUGUGCUGGGUGGAUAAGACGCCCCCAACCACAAACAUUAUUAAAGUUCUGGACAUUCUCCUUGGCAUCUGGAAGCUUGUGCAUAUCUCAGAGAGUCCAGUUAUAGUCCACUGUCUAGCAGGCGUGGGAAGAACAGGCACUUUCAUUUUUUACAGCAUGCUUAAAAGAGCCCUUCUCAAUGGAACUGUCCUUCAAGACAAAGAAAGCCUAAUGGCCUCUUUUGUCGAGCUGUUCUUGUACCUACGAAGCAGAAGGACAUGGAUGGUUGAGAACAAAGACCAACUUUUCUUCCUGUAUAAAAUAUUCAUUCGGGAAGCAGUCCAUAAUACACCUUUCUCUACACCUAACUAG